UACCCGACACGGAAAUGACGUAAGCAGUCUUCCGCUGCUGUCAAGGGCAUCGGAAACUUGCGUGAGCCGAAGCUAGCCGUAGCUGUCCACACGUGCAGUCAAAGCAGGUCGAUAAAGAUAAAAUAAAGGUCGCGAAAUGGACGGGUUCGGUUCAGACUUCUCAGCAGGCGGAUCCGGAGGUAAGGUGGACACCGGUACCAUCAUGGAGCAGGUCAAGGUCCAGAUCGCGGUGGCGAAUGCACAGGAGCUACUGCAGAGAAUGACGGACAAAUGUUUCAAGAAGUGCAUAGGUAAACCUGGGAGCACGCUGGACAACUCUGAGCAGAAAUGUAUUGCAAUGUGCAUGGACCGGUAUAUGGAUGCCUGGAACACCGUGUCCCGAACAUACAACUCCAGAUUACAGAGGGAAAGAGCUCGCAUGUGAACAUCCCUCUCGUCACCCUUCCCUUCGUCAGGCUGCUGCCUACAUUGAGGAGGAGCACAGCGCGCCGCUGGAGGCCAGGAGCUGUGCACCAGUGUGUACUGUAUUCCCAUAGCAGCAGUACACCACCACCCUCUGUCAUAAUACCUCACGGACAGGCAAAGAAAGCACAGCCUGUGGACUCUAGCCAUAACAAUGUCUUCUGUGGACAUUUUUCAUUUUGCUCUGAGGAACAGUUUAGUAACAAAUGUAUGAUUAUUUGUCUUUUUAUGUUAUAAAUAAUUAAUCCUCUGGUUAACAUAAGAGAAGCUGCAAUUUGGACCUGCGUGUUGAAAAUUCAUGAAAGUCAGGAGAAUGAGGAACUUUAAAUUGCCCGUUGGAGUGAACAUAAAAGUGUGAAUGUGUUUGUAUGGAUGUGCUAGCCCCCCGGUGAUCUCUCCAGGCCGUACCCCAUGUCUCGUGCACUGCAUGCCGGGAUACAUUUCAGCCCCCCUUAAUAGCAGUUGAGAAAACAAAGGGACAGAUUGGGUCUUCAUCUCACAUUAGUCUACUGUUUUUUGUAGUAAGUAUAAUAUUAUGUGUUUACUGCAGUGUGAUGGCAGUAAAUACCGACACCUUCCUGCCAUCACACUAAGGUUGAAUGUGUCUUGUGUUGAGGAGUCUGUAUAAUUAGCACACAUAAUACAAAUAACCAUAGACAUCCUCUUAGUCAAUACAGUUGCUCCUUGAAGCUGCCAGCAUUGUGCACAGCUUUGCUUCCCAUUCUUCUCACUGUGUUUGUGCUCAAAGAGAGACAAAAUAUUUGUCCUUAGAAAGAAAGUAGCACAAGCGGGUGCCCUCAAGGGACAACCCAGACUCUCCUUAACAUGCUUUUACUCUAAAAGACCUGCUUAAAUCACCUUGAGGAGCAACUUGGUGUUUUCACAGCCGUCAACCUGACAUUCACAAGCCUACAAACAGUCCUAUAUCAAAGUACGCCUGGAGAACAAAACUGUUUUGUCUGACCUGUUUUUUAGUUGUCACUCUAUCUGCAGCCCUCCACAGUAGUGGGCUUGUUUCAGCAGGGUCUGCCUUGCUCUACACGGGGUACUGAACCUCUCUCAGCUUUGUGUGCAUGGUUUGUCAAAUGUCUGGGAACUACAGUCCUUUUUUUUUUUGGUAGGAAAGUAAGAGCCAGAAAAGCCUGUGAACAUUCUUUGCGGUGUGAUUGUGAGCAAAUUGAAUGAUUUUCAUGGAAAAAAAACAAAAAUAAAACAAUCAAUAAAUCUU